GUAGUAUAAGGUGACCAUGGAUAUGUACUGCACUUUAAGCUCACAAUGACACUACUAUCUUUAUAUCUCAUUGUUAUGGUUUGUUUCUUUCCUCAUCAAUGUAAAGGGAAGAGUUUUUAUACAAGAAGAACUUUUCGAAUAGGAGGAUUUAAUCAGAAUGGCGUUCCGUUGUCUAGACCAACGUCUGGAAAUAUUCAAAAGGACCAGAGGUUUUCUAAUUGGAAUGGACAAAUGUCAAACGAAAAUCUAGGAAAUUUACCAACCGGAACAGUUGUUUUAACUUCAAGAACGACAAAUGUUGGAAAUCCUGGAAAAUCAACUUCAAUAACCAGAACCCUAACACCAGGCAAAACGUCCGUAGUAAGGACAAUUCAAAACAUUCCACAUAGUAGGUUUACUUCACAUAGACGGAUAACACAUACCGGAAGUAAUAAUAAUAAACAUAUACCAGGUUCUAAAACAUUUCACAAACAAUGGUGGUCUCAAACAGUCAAUUCAUCUAGAAAAGGUUCGAAUUCUAAGUCUUCAGUACAAAGGUCUAAUAAUCCGGUGUGGUCCAAAACUAUACAACUUCCAUCAUCAAAUAGUAAAAAUGUGGAUAUGUCUUCCAUUUUUAAUCAAAUGUUUUCAGGAAAUGUUGGGAACAAUAGUUCCAGUGAUUUUCCAUUUCCGAAGGAUUUUUUAUCAAAUCUUCCACCAGGAGCACAUGUCAAAAUUAGCUCCAGUUCUAGAGUUAUUCCCCAAAGUCGAGUAAGAAUCCAGUCUAUUCGUCCAGGUGUUGGUAAACAAUUUCCAAAAGUUGUAUCUACCAAUGGGAACAGAGGAACCAAAUACGAUGAAGUCAACAAUCAGCCGACAAAACAACGUAUUCUUGCUCAACCAGGCGCAUCAAUCGAGAAAGGUGUUUACUGUGACAAAACUCUCUGUGAACAUGAGAAAUAUGAUCUACUAGAAAAUCACAACAGGGUACGGAGGUCUGCUCGUCCAUCAGCAUCUAAUAUGAAGAGAGUAAUUUGGGACAAAGAUUUAGAAAGGAGAGCACAAUCAUAUGCUAAAAAAUGUAUCUGGACACACGAUAAGAAGAGGUCUAAAAAUGCACCUUAUAGAUACGUUGGACAGAAUAUGCAUGCAAGAAGAGGAGCAAGGGACAUUUUAGCAGCAACUAGGAGUUGGGAAGAAGAACAGGAUCACUACAACAUUUAUACCGAGAACUGUGUGCCUGGGGAAAUGUGUGGUCAUUAUACACAGAUGGUGUGGGCUGAUACGGAAACAGUUGGGUGUGCAAUGUGGAAGUGUCCAUAUAUACGUAAUCUUGGUUGGAGAGACGCUUACAUUAUAGUUUGUAACUAUGGACCAGGGGGUAACAUUAGUGGAGAGAAGCCAUAUAUACUUGGACUGAAGUGUGCUAAAUGUAGUAAAAGUAACCCUUCUUGUGAUAAAGGACUAUGUGUUUGAAAUUUUGGUUAAUACUUGAAGCCAGACAUUUUUAAAUGGGACAUGGUGAAAUUGAGCAAACAUUCGAGUAACCGUUUUUUGAACGUUUUUAAGUUUUGUUUUUAUGUUUUGUGGAAGUUUGUAUGAGAGUUUUACACUCUAUAAUUGGUAGACCUAGAGCUUAUGUUAUGAAUUUGAAUCAAUGUCAACUAUAUUCAAAAUGUGGUUGUAUUUGAUAACUCAUUUUGCAUACGCAUGUAUUUUAUCUAUCUUAACGAGUAAUAUGGAUAAGUUUAAUGUAUGCUUUUGUGAAAUUGUUUCAAAUAAUCACAACAUAAACAAAGUAGUAUAACUCCUUCCAAAUAAAGGCCUCAAAUAGC